CUUAUCUGAACUGGGCAGGGCUCGAUAUACUCACAGCACAGGGGGAGGGCCUUGUCUGCUUUCAAUCAAUAACCUCUGGAAUUCAGAAAUACAAGUAAGUCCUGUUUCUGGCAGGCUGUACCUAGCUCUUGAGGGCGGGCUCCCAGGCACACUCGACGGAAUUUCUAUCUGCUCCUGGCACUCUCUGUCUGUUUUCGCAGAUCUGACUGUGUUUUGAGGCCCAUCACAAUGGCUGAUCACACUUCUCCAGAUUAUUUCAGCUGCUCCCUGUGUGUGAACCUGCUGAGGGACCCUGUUGCUAUCCCCUGUGGCCACAGUUUCUGUAUGGACUGCAUCAGUGGUUACUGGAAUGAGGCUGACUACACAGGGAUUUACAUUUGUCCCCAGUGUAAGAUCACAUUCACCCAGAGGCCGGUGCUGCGGCCCAACGCCACUCUGAGCAUGGUGGCUGAGAAGAUCAAGAAGAGCGGUCUGAACCUCAACAUCAACUUUCCCCAGGGGAACUUCUACGCCGGACCAAGUGACGUCCCCUGUGACUUCUGCUCUGGGAAGAAAUUAAAGGCUGUGAAGUCCUGUCUUAACUGCCUGGCGUCCUACUGCGAGAAGCACCUGAAGCCACACUACGAAUCAGCUACAUUCAAAAGGCACAAGCUGGUGGACGAGCUGGGAAACCUGGACAGGAAGAUCUGCCCGCAGCACCAAAAGCCCCUGGAGCUCUUCUGUCGAACAGACCAGAUGUGUAUCUGCGCUAUCUGCACAGUCAGUGAACACAAGGGCCAUGACAUUGUUUCUGCUGAGGCAGAGAGGGGUGAGAAACAGAAACUCCUGGGGGUCUCCCAGGCUGAGAUUAGACAAAAAUGCCAGGAGAGGGUGAAGGAGUUGGAUGAACUGAAGACUGCUGUGGAUUCAUUGAAGAACUCGGCCCAGAGAGCCAUGGUGGACAGCCAGAAGAUGUUUGAGGACAUGAUCCGCUCCAUUGAGAGGAUGAGGUCAGAGGUGACCAAGCUGAUUGGUAUCAACGAGAAGGCUGCUUUCAACCAGUCCGAGGCUUUGAUCGAGCGACUGGAACAAGAGAUCGAUGAACUGAAGAAAAAGGAGACCGGCCUCAAGCAGCUGUACAGCACUGAGGACCACAUCCACUUCCUGCAGAACUUCAACUACCUCUGCACCCCCACUGAUGACGGCUUCAUACCGAAAGUGGUGUUGAACCCUGACUUCUCCUUCGGGGCUGUUAGGAAAGCUGUGAGCGAGAUCAAGGAACGCCUGGAGGAGUUUGGCAAAGAGGAGCUGCUUAAGAUCUCCAAGUCAGUGAAUGAGGUCCCAGUGUACACUACGGAGAGUCGAACAUUGGACAGAAGGAGCAGAGGCAAAGAAAUGGUGGACAACACUCCUCCAGAGCCGAAGACCAGAGCCGAGUUUGUAAAAUACUUCUGCCAGCUGAAACUGGACUCUAGCACAGCCUACAAGGAGCUGUACGUCUCAGACAACAACAGAAAAGUCAUCCGCACCAGGGACCUGCAGCCCUACGGAGACAACCCAGAGAGGUUUGACAGCUUCGCCCAGGUGCUGUGCCGGGAGGCCCUGUCCGGAGGCCGCUUCUACUGGGAGAUCGAGUGGAGUGGGGAGUUCUCCAUUGGAGUGGCCUACAAGAGCAUAAGCCGGAAGGGCAAAGGCUCACUGUGUCUGCUGGGCUACAACGACAAAUCCUGGAGUCUGCUCUGCUCUGACACGGGUUACUCUGCCUGGCACAACCGGGUGGACAAAGCUGUCAGCGGCCCCCACUCCCCCAGAAUAGGCGUGUACCUGGACCACAGUGCUGGUGUGCUGGCAUUUUACAGCAUAGGCAAUACCAUGACCCUCCUGCACAGGUUUCAGACUACAUUUGUUGAGCCUAUCUAUCCAGGCUUUGGAGUUGGAACCUCAGUCAGGAUCUGCAAUAUCAAGUGAACACCGGUAUUUAAGCUCUCAAGUUUGAAAAUCUGGAAAUAUUUUCCACAUGUUACUCAUAAUACACAGCAAUGGUUUUGGAAUAUAUAUUUUUGCUAAAUCUCUAAACUGUACCAAACCACAUUAAUUAAGUUUUUUUGUUUGUUUUUAAAUGCCCCCCACCCCCCAAUGUGUAUAGACUAUAUUUUUUUAACACUACACAUCACAUAUUACGUUGUUUUGUCAAAAUACAUUUUCACUGUAGUUUUAUAAAACAUUACUGAAAUACAUAAUUACUACAUAACCACACAAGUACAAUAUAAAGUGUUAUCACUUCUGGAUCAUAACUUCUGGAUAAUAUUAUGACAUGUCACUAUGUGAAAAAUGUGAGCUACACCUGUGUUCCCACAGAUGCAUUAACUUCAUAAAAUAAAAAUUAAAAAAAUAUACCCUGGGAUAACCUAAGAUCAUUAUAUGAGGUCAUUACAUUGUUAGCCAAUAGUAUUGCAUAGGUCAUUUAAAAUAUAUUGCUCCCUUAUGAUCUUUAUGACUAAUACAGUAACAUUCACAUUGGUGCAUUAACAGGUAUUAUUAUGGUUUCAACACAUUCAAAGGAAUAUUUUAUUGUCACUUCAUUUUGUCAUGUUUUGAUAUUAUUUGAUAGUUGUCAUCAGUUGCUGAGUUUUUUUUUCACUUGAACUAACCCCUAUUAUUUAAUUUGUAUGUAGGUUUGCUUAUAUAAAAAACAGAAUAUAAUUGAUAUCAAGAAAAUACUUGUUUUGUAACAAAAUUAUUUUAUUGACAGUUCUAAAUAAAGAGCUAUGUGAAUGAAU